GCGGUUCCGCACCGCCGGGCUCCGCCGUUCUCUCUUCCGACUACAGGAGAGGAGCAGCCCCGCCGCCGGGCACCCACCGCCCUGCUGAGCUGCGGGGCUGCGAGCCCCGUCCUCAAUCCCGAACCCUUCGUGCACCUUCCAACUCUUCGUGCAUCCCCUUUUGCAUCCCCCUAAGGCCAUCCCUCAUUCCCUUUAUGUACCUCCCUGGACUCCUGCUUCUCCUUAAACCCAUUCUUCACCCCCUUUGUGCCUUUCCUUAAACUCCUUUUGCAUCCCCCUAAAUUGGUUCUUCAUUCCCUUUGUGUGUCCCCCCCAAACCCCUUGUACUCUCCUCCCAUCCCCUACUUCAACCCCUUGUGCACUCCGUAAGCCCCUUUUGUAACCCCUUUCACAUCUCACACUCCUCCUAUAUCCCUGUGUGUCCUUAAACCCCUUCUGCAUCCCCUUUGUGCAUUCCCCCAAACCCUUUGUGCACCCCCACAUCCCCUUCUGCCGCUUUCUUUGCACUCCUAAACCCCUUCUCCAUCCCCCUUUCUUCACCCCGAGACCCCUCGUGCACACCCCCAUCCCCUUCUGCAUCCUGCUGCGUGCACCCAAACCCUCUGUGCAUCCCCUGCAUCCCUUUCUGCAACCCCCUAUGCCCUCAUAACCCAAGGGGUUCAUCCCCUCUGUGCCCCCCCCGCGCACCCUGCCCUGUGCUGGCCAGCUCCAGGCUCCCACCUUUGCAUGCAGCCCGAAGGCUGUGGGAUCAGCACACCAUGGGCACCAAGCAGACCAAGGGCUGCCAGCCAGGCAGUGCCGGGGAGAGCCCCCCAGCCCAUCACCGCAAGAAAACAUCCCCCAGGGAAAGGGGUGAUUUCCUCGCCUCGCUGGUGGUGAAAUCGGGUGAGAAGUUUGGGAAGGGGGCCGGCAACCUCCCCCCAUACCAUCGGAGGAUCUGCAUGAUCCAGGACAUGCUGGGGCUGGUGAAGCAGGGCAAGCAGGAGGAGGCCACCGAGCUGCUCAGGCACCUGCGGCAGGAUUUAGGAAUGGAGUCGACCUCUCUGGAUGAUGUCCUCUACCGAUAUGCCAGCUUUCGGAACCUGGUGGAUCCAAUCACUCAUGACCUCAUCAUCAGCCUCGCUAGGUACAUCCACUGCCCCAAGCCGGAGGGAGACAACAUUGGGGCCAUGGAGAAGCUCUGUCGGCAGCUCACCUACCACCUCAGUCCCCACUCACAGUGGAGACGUCAAGGCAUCAUGAAAAGGAAGCCACAGUCCUGUCUGAAAGCUGUGCUGAUGGGGAAGCCCCAGGACAACACGGUGGACUUGUCGGGCAUCCCGCUGACACUGAAGGACCUGGAGCGCGUCACGUCGUACCUGCAGCACAGCUCGGAGCACAUCGACACGGUGGAGCUGUGCUUCACCGAGCUGACAGAUGAGAUGCUGCUGCAGCUGCUGCCUGCACUGUGUGGCCUUCCUCACCUCACCACGUUGUCCCUCAACGGCAACCGGCUCACCAAAGCCAUCCUGCGGGACCUCACCGAAACCCUGAAAGACCCCAAGAAGUUUCCCAGCGUCACCUGGAUCGACCUCGGGAACAACGUGGACAUCUUUUCCUUGCCUCAACCCUUCUUGGUCAGCCUGAAAAGGAGAUGCCCGAAGCAAGGCAACCUGCCCACCAUUUUGGAGUUUGGCGAAGGGCAGGUCAGCGAUUUGGAGAACCAGGAUGGCCUGGCUGAGAGUCAGGAGGACCUGCGGAGUGAAAGUUGCAAUGAAACCCCAUUGGGCAAAGCAGAGGGCAGGACAGUGGAGGAGCAAGGCGCCGAGACACCGCAGACGUGACAUCGGCUCCACGUUGGGUACAUUUGGGUGACAAACCCAAGAUCUCCUCAUCAGAGGUCCUGGCAGGGGUGAAUGCAGGCGGUGGGAUGCUCUGGGAGUACAUUGCCUUCUUCCCCUGCGAUGAAUAUCAGUGCUGCUCCCAUCAUGCAGAAAUGGGAUGGUGUUGUAUACUUGUAUCUCAUUCCCUGUUCAUCGCAGGGCAGUUGGACUAGAUGACCUUGCUGGGUCCCUUCCAGCUCAAAUGAUUCUAUGAAAAGCCAGAAGGGUGUUUUUAAAUGAGAGCACUGUGCUUUUUAACCUCUCCAAAUACGAAUCGCCAAAGUGUUGGAACAUGAGGCCCUUAGAAGCACAAAGGGGAGCAGGAAGGCGACCAGAUCCAGCAGGAUCCCAGCUGGUCACCCCCACACAACAGAUGGACAGACUUCACCCACAAGCACUGCACAGAACUGCAACCUUCUCCCAUACCAACUUCAGGAGCUGCUGAAUACCGUGCCUGGUGAGAUCAACACAAAGCCUGAUCCCUCUCCAAGGGAACCACUCCAAGCAGGGUGUUCCCACUUCCAGCCCCACAGCAGAGCUUUGCUUUCCUUGUGCUGGCAUGGAGCUGGACCGCAGUAUGCUCAUCACCUGGGUGCUGCUCCCCAGCCUUACUGAGUCCAGCCUUACUCAGGCUGGCCCUGCUGCCUGCCCAGUGCUCACCCAGCCCUAAAAUCCAGUUGCUCACCUGCUGAGCUGCUGUGAUGACUUCACAGCUUCCCAUUCUUGCACCAGAGCCCUCUGUGUGUUUGGGGGAGCAAAAUGUAGUGUCUGAAGCCGGGGCUCAGGUCAGGCUCAUUGCUGUUGCUGACAAAGGAGACCACAAUACUGAAGGUUUAUACAAGAAAAAGAACAAACCUUGGGGCUCUUCCCUCUAUCACUGCCAUUCAGGUUGGGUGGAUACGGCCAGCUGAAGGUCCAAAGCACACCGAGGCUUUCAGAUCACUUGGCCACAUCCUUCCUGACCCAGAAGUGCUUUGUUUGUACAAUGCCGUUUUGGUUUUUGGCUUGUUUUUAUUUUACUCUUUUUUUUAGUAACAUUCUUCUUAUUUCUGGAUGGAAAACAGCUCCCAACAGAGCACAGCAAUUCGCACUUUGGCUUCUAAGCCAGAAUUUCAUGUGAUUCAAUGGGUUGAUGGUUGGACUAGAUGAUCUUAAGAGGUCUUUCCAACCUGAAUUAUUCUAUGAUUCCAAACCCAAGGGAAGCUGGGAGAGUGGGAAACACUUCCCCUCCUUUACAAUGCACAGACCAAACAGACCUUCCCUUCCCAAGAGGGAGCUCACCUGCCUCUGCCUGCAGCCCUUCCCCUGCACAGCUUUGCAGCAUUGCUUUGCACCUGGGAGCAGUGACCUCUAGUUUUGCUUUUCUGAGUGCAAACAGCAUUGUAAGCACUCCGACUUUUUGGUUGUCCCUCAUUUCCCAUGGCUGCACCAGGAAGCUGCACGCCUUUUGCAGGGGGGUUCAUGCUGACAGUUGUUGUUUCUCCUCCAAGUACGUAACUUAGAAGAAGCUCUGCUGCUCGUUUUAAUACACAUAGCAAAGUUCUGUAUGAUUUGCAUGUACCUAAGCCUUUUGUUUGUCUGGUUGUUUUUUAACGCUCUUUCAACUGGCAUGAAAAACACUUUGCAGUGAAUCAACUGUUCUGUUUGAAAUAAAGGAGCUAUCUGUAAUCAAAAUAAAUGCCAAUGUUUAAUAAAA